CUCAUAUUAGUUAAACAGAAACGAGAACGAAAUCACAAUUUUAUAAAGGUAAAAAAUAAAAUUACUUAUGGAGAGCCAAAAAUAAACAAAUCGAGAGCAGAAAACCUAAACCCAUUUUGUCGUUUUACAAUCGAUGUUGCCUAUCUGGUUAUAGUGAUUUGUGUCAGGCGCAAAACUUAAUUUCAUUUUGUGCAUUAAAGUUUUAAAAAUAACUAAAAUGAGCUAUAACACGUUAACUAUUCAGCAACGAUGAUACAUUUAAGAGACCAACAUUUGUAUUUGUCAUUUUACAAUCGAUAAAGAUUGUAUUGUUGCAAAAUGUUAAAACCAUUUAAUGAACAAACAUUAGUAUAAAAAACUCACUCAUGCGCGCGGAAUAUCAUUUAGUAAGAGUAAUAAAAACUAGACACUUUGCAUAUCUUGUUGUGUGUUAUAUACUAUUUUUAAUAAUUAUAUAUACUAGUUUUAGUUUGGGAAAAUGGUCAUUUAAAUCACCAACUUUCAAAUUUGGUUGGAAAAAAAACAUGAACUUUCUCCUAAACCAUUUAAAGCACCCACUUAUCUUGAAUAGCCACCUUAAACAUCAGCUUAAUUUGACUAAACAAAAUUAAAGACGACGUUAACAUGGAUAACAAAUUGAUUGGACAUGGUUAAUCGCCAUCUCUAAUCUAUGUUAAGUCCAAACGAUGUUGUUUUGAAUUUUUUUUAAAAAUUGUAUCUGAAAGGAAUUGAACCCGUGAUCAAAUCUACGAUCGUUUAUAAACCCAAACCACUAGACCAUUUACAAUUUUAAUAACUUGAAUAAAUAUUAAUAGAUAUUAUUAUUAAACCUCUAAAUCAUCUUCUCCCAACCUAAAUCCCUAAAUCUCUAAACACUUGCGAUCGGAGUUGCAAGGAUAUGGAUGGCAGAGAGAACUCGACUACGGGUUUUGGGAAGCACUACUGAUGAACAAGGAUGAAGUUGAAGAAGAUGCGAAUGCGAAGACAUGUUAGCUAGGUUCUUGUUCGAACCUAGUUAUCAAUAAAUUAAUGAAAUACAAAGAAGUUGUAUAAUAUUAAUAACAUUACUGCUCGAGCAAUAAAAGCAAACAAUGAUGGAGAACCAGGAAGAUCAACAAUGAUUGAUUUAGGGAUUUAGGUUGGGAGAAAAUGAUUUGAAAGUUUAAUGAUAUUAUCUAUUAGUAUUUAUUCAAGUUAACAAAAUUGUAAAUGGUCUAGUGGUUUGAGUUUACAACGAAUGUAGCUUUGAUUUCUUUCAAAUACAAUUUUAAAAAAAAAAUUCAAAACGACGUCGCUUAGACUUAACAGAGAUUAGAAACGGCAAUUAAUCCCGUCUUAUCAAUCCGUUACCCGAGUUAAUGUCAUCUUUAAUUUGGUUUAGUCAAAUUAAGUUGUGGUAACACGUGACUAGUCUGGAUCAUUUUUGUGGGGCCAGGAUACUUCUGUAUAUUUCAAAAAAAAAAAUAAUAAGUUGAGGUUUUAAAGUGGUUAUUCAAGUUAAGUUAAUGCUUUAAAUGGUCCAAGAGAAAAUUCAUGUUUUUUUCAACCAAAUUUGAAAGUUGGUGAUUUAAAGACUAUUUUUUUCCGUUUUAGCUUUGUAACAAAUAGUAACAAAAAUAUAUAUUCAAAUAUAUAACAUACAAUGUUGAUUUUUUUCUAUAUGAAGAAAGAUAAGGUCAAAAAUACCUAAUCUAAGAAAUGAUUACACCUUUGUCUUAUUUUACUUACCUCUUUUAUAUAUAAAAAUGCAAUUCAAUUUUCACAAAUAUGAUCAUUUGCGAUUUAUUACCCUAAAUUGUUUAAACAUGACAAAUACAUACAUUUUAUUUAGGCUCUUAUAUAUAACUCUAUUCACUUUUCACCCAUGUGAGUCUUCUCUCUCUUUCUAUUCUGUAGAUUUGUUGUUAAUUUGAACUACCCUUCUUGCUCUCUCUUUAAGUUAUUACCAUUACCCUAAAUUCCUUUCAAACCAAACAGAUUUCAAGAAACACACACAAAAAGAAAGAUGCCUCUAAGCAACAAUGUAAUAGGUUGCAUAAAUUUCAUCGCCGUCCUCCUCUCACUUCCAGUCAUUGGUGCCGGAAUCUGGCUCGCCAUGGGAACAGUGAACUCAUGCGUCAAGAUCCUUCAGUGGCCAAUAAUUAUCCUCGGCAUCUUGAUCCUCCUAGUGGGUCUGGCUGGUUUCAUUGGAGGGCUCUGGAGAAUCACUUGGCUUCUCGGCGUUUACUUAAUUGCAAUGCUUGUUCUUAUCGUACUUUUAGGUGUUCUUAUUGGAUUUACUUACAUGGUUACUAUUAAAGGCUCUGGUCAUCCAGAACCAAGUAGAGCUUAUCUUGAGUAUAGUCUUCAAGACUUCUCUGGUUACUUACGUCAAAGAGUUGAGAAAGCUGACAAAUGGGAUAGGAUUCGUACUUGUUUGAGUACUACUAACAUUUGUCCUGAACUAAACCAGAGAUUCAGUAUGGCUAUGGAUUUCUUCAAUGCUCAUCUUAGUCCCAUUCAAUCUGGUUGUUGCAAGCCCCCAACAAAAUGUGGCUUCACGUUUGUGAACCCUACUUACUGGAUAAAUACAAUAAAUGGAUCUUCAGACAUGGAUUGUCUACAAUGGAGCAAUGUUCAAAACAAUUUGUGCUACAGUUGUGACUCUUGCAAAGCCGGUUUGCUUGCAAACCUCAAGAUAGAUUGGUUAAAAGCGGAUAUCUCUCUCCUUUUGGCACUUAACGGUCUAACAAUCGUUUAUAUAAUCGGCUGUUGCCCUUUUCGAAACUCGAAAACUGAGGGUUAUACUGAUAUAUGAUCGGGAUGAGAAGUUUAGUGGCAAAACUGUGGUGAUGUUUAUUAAAUUAUAGUUUCAAAAUAAAAUAAAAUUUUUAUUAAAUUA